AUUAUCACAACCAAAACUUAAUUCUCAAUUCCUAUUUUCAACAUUCACACAUCUAUAUAAACUUGUUAAAAGUGAAACUUAAAAGUACAAUCAAUCUUCAACAAUGUCUUACCACCAAAAUCAAUCUUUUUUCUUGUUAUUACUUGUCACUUUGUCAAUAACAAAUUGCUAUGUAAUUCAAGCAGAAGCGCGCCAUCUUCUUGAAGUAACUAUUCCCGAGCUUCCUAAGCCUGAAUUGACACAACUCCCAGAAGUCCCAACUUUACCAAAGCUUGAAUUCCCUGAAAUUCCAAAACUUGAGCUACCAACUCUACCAAAGGCCGAACUUCCAACGUUGCCAAAACUCAAGAUACCUGUCAUUCCUAAGCCUGAACUACCAACUUUGCCAAAGCCAGAAAUUCCUCAAGUGCCUAAAAAGCCUUGAGGAAAUAUAUAUGAAAUGCUCUUUGAUUCAUUGAAAGCAUUCUUGAAAUGUUACACUUUAUUAUUGUGUUAUUCUUUGUUGUGCUAGAAAAUUUCAUUUUGGAUAUAUUAUAGUUGUCAUGACAUUCUAUCAUCAAUUACAAAAAUUGUUAAUGUAAUUGUUCUGUCAUCAGUUCA